ACCAUUACUUCAAGUACUGCAAGAUCUCGGCGCUGGCGCUCCUGAAGAUGGUGAUGCACGCCAGGUCGGGGGGCAACCUGGAGGUGAUGGGGCUCAUGUUGGGCAAAGUGGACGGGGAGACCAUGAUCAUCAUGGACAGCUUCGCCCUGCCCGUGGAGGGCACCGAGACUCGCGUCAACGCUCAGGCGGCUGCCUACGAGUACAUGGCCGCGUACAUCGAGAACGCGAAGCAGGUUGGUCGUCUAGAAAAUGCAAUUGGCUGGUAUCACAGUCACCCUGGCUACGGCUGCUGGCUUUCUGGGAUUGACGUCAGUACCCAGAUGCUUAAUCAGCAGUUUCAAGAACCCUUUGUAGCAGUGGUUAUUGAUCCAACAAGAACAAUAUCUGCAGGAAAAGUAAAUCUUGGAGCAUUUAGGACAUAUCCUAAGGGCUAUAAACCUCCAGAUGAAGGUCCCUCUGAAUACCAGACUAUUCCACUUAAUAAAAUAGAAGACUUUGGUGUACAUUGUAAACAGUAUUAUGCUUUAGAAGUCUCGUACUUCAAAUCAUCUUUGGAUCGUAAAUUGCUUGAGCUUUUGUGGAACAAGUACUGGGUGAACACUCUCAGCUCUUCUAGUCUGCUUACUAAUGCCGACUACACCACUGGCCAAGUCUUUGAUUUGUCCGAAAAAUUAGAACAGUCAGAAGCUCAGCUUGGAAGGGGCAGUUUCAUGCUGGGUUUAGAGACUCAUGAUAAGAAAUCAGAAGACAAACUUGCAAAAGCAACAAGAGACAGCUGCAAGACCACCAUAGAAGCUAUACAUGGAUUGAUGUCUCAGGUUAUUAAGGAUAAACUUUUUAAUCAAAUUAAUAUAGCUUGAAGUGCAUCACCAGCUGAUAUGCAUCUCCAAAGCAGAAAAAUCAUGGUUUCUUUUGCUUGGAUUUGUUCAAUUUGGGAAGCAAAGCUGGAGUGGAAAAUUAUUCAUUUAAUUUGUAGUACUUUAAUAUUUCCCACCUGUCUGACCAGUUUUAAAGAACAAAAUGUUCUGAAAUGUAGUGCAACUUUUUGUUCUUUAUCAUAAAACACAACUAGUUUGGAGAAUUGUUCCAAAAGAAAAAUAAAUGUGACUUACUAGAUUUUGCUCUUAGGUAUUUAUCUCUAUUAUCCAACUGCAAUAAAACAAUUUUGAAA